CAGUUGAUAUUUAGUGUGACAGAUGUUGUUGAAAAAACUGACUGUAAUAAAACUGUCACUUUACCUUGCUAUGUGACUAAUCUGAAGGAGAACAAUGUAGAAGCCAUGUUUGUUACAUGGAAAAAAGAAGGGAAAAUAAUUUUUUCUUUCGAUGGAGCAAACCGGCAGUUCUACAGAGAUCCAACGGUUCCGUCAGCUGACUUAGUAUCUCAGGAAGAUUUACCCAAGGGCAUUGCCUCUCUAACGCUUGACAGUACAGAAGCAGAUGUUGGAAAUUACAGUUGUGAAGUAACAGAAUCAAACAGAGAAGGAGAAACAAGAGUUGAACUUAGAAACCUCUCAGUUGUCAGUUGCGGCGAGGAAAAUACCCCAACACCCAAGGAAAAAUGUGGAUCAUGGUUUCUUCUAAUGGAAAGGGCUAUCAUCAUAGCGUUGCUGUUCUUAGUUAUUAUUUUGUGUUCGGCUCAGUUCACUGUUAUUGCAUUAAAAUAUGAAAUUGAAUCUCAGAAGAAAAUGGGCAUUAUUGUAGCAGGUAUCAUCUUCACAGCUGCUGCUGUUGUAGGCACUGUGCUUUUUGUCCAAGAUGGCUAUACUGCACAGAAUCAAGCUGGUCUUGGCCUAAUUGUAGUCCCUGCUGUGAUUUUGGUACCACUUCAGUACUUUAUGUUUGGCAUUGUUUUUGAUGGUCUACCACAAGCAACAUUUGCUCUGAUAGGUUUGCAGAGUCUUGGUUAUAUAAUUGCUGUGGUUGGUUUUGCACUGUGUGUCUCAGCCUGUCCUCCAUUACAUGGGUCUGUUGUGAUUGCUGGCUUAGCUAUCAUGGCUAUUGCAAAAUUGCUUAGUCUGGCUUACGUGUUUAUUGUGGGUUCCAGAAUGAAAGAUCAUCCUCGUCCAGGGAAAGCUGUAGAAGAACCACUAAAUGAUGCAAAAGGAGUGAUGUUAGAAUGAUGAACUGAAGAGCUGUGUGAUGUGAAAAGUACACCGUUGUUGAUACACCGUGGCCUUGAAGAUGCACUACUCAAAGAGAAGACAUUCAGGAAAAUAGUUGUUUUGCAUGUGUGGCAAAAAUGCUUUUGAUAUAAAUGAUGUAAUUUUAUAGUCACAGCAGCUGUAGCGAGGAACAUGUGUGUUUGCCCACAUGUGAUCUUUAUUUUCUUUUGUUAUGGUAUGUAUGGUAUGGUCGAGGGUGAGAAUAUAAAAAAGCACUGUUUGCCCACUACAGGGUCUUCCUGCAGUAAUCCUUAGUGGUAUUAUUUUCAAAAACUAUCAUUAGUCACUGCUUUGAAUAAUGGGCCUGCUCAGCCCAAAGAUUGCAGUACCAUUUAGACUAUUGUUUUCUUUAUUUGUGUGCAUGGGCAAGGUAUGAUCAUAUGUCUAUGAUACAAGCAGGAAGUAAAGAUUGUACAAAUACAUCUUUU